AUGAAGGAGAAUUGUGUCUACGAGAAUCUGGUCCGCGAUAAGUUUACCGGUCGUGUACGCCGAGUGUCUCCUCCUGUGCCCCAGGGUGAGGAUUCCAUUGAACAGGAAUCCAUUGCCAAUCAUUCGGAGGAGCGAACAGGAAGUUCUACCUGGUCACGCUGCGUGUCACAAGACUCUGGAAAGGUGAUAGAUCUCAGCGAUGAGGCUCCCCUUCCGCGUGGCACCGUUUCUUCCACUGCUCCUCCUCCUCACACACACCCUACCGAACCCAUAUGCGAUGUUAGAUCUGUUCCUCAUCAACGCCUUUCUUCCUCCAUACUCACCCCAGCACCACGAUCAAGCCAACAGGAGGUUGAUUUGCAAUAUCCGACAAUGCCUUCCUCGGAAGAGGCCAUCCAGCUGCCCGAGGACCAUCAGGCCUUUGCUAGGGCAGGAAGGAGCAGGACGCCAAGUGCCUCCCAGGAUGCCAUCACUGCGGUGUCAGCAUCCGCUACAGCGCCCAGUGCCUCUAACAAUCACCACUAUCUUGUUAGUCUUGACUAUCUGAGUGUACGACGGGGCGCACGUGCACGGUACAUUGGUCAAGCAUUUUGGGGAUUUGUGGCAGGGAAAGAAUCUAUGAGUGAUGAUUUCUUUGACUGCAAUCGUGAUGCUUCACCGGAACGGCCCCUCAAACAUAUAUCCUCCUUGGGGAUGUUCAGUUUACUACGGUCCCUACCUACGAAGCCCGUGAGCGAUACCUUCCUCGAUGCAUUCUUCUUCGCGGUGUGGCCUCUUUUCCCUCUGGUGCAUAGCCCAACCCUACGGGCGGACUACGACAGAUUUUGGGAUUGGUGCCGCAAUAGCGAUAGGGCGCUUCCCCCAGAAAAAGUCCGCGAUGACCCAACCUUUCUCUGCCUUCUCUUUGCCAUCCUGUAUUCUGGCGCGUGCGCUGCACCACCGGCCAGCUGGACAUGCGCCAGUCUGCAGAGUUUGCGGAGGGAAACGACGAUAGCCCACUUGAAGUCGGCCUAUACGACAAGCAUGUCUCUAUGCCAGCAUCUCGAACAUCCAACAUUGAACACGCUAGUGUCUACGCUGCUGACUGCACCAUUCUUGGACCGACAUGUUGAGCCAAUGCGCAAUAUGGUCUCUAUCAGCACAACAAUUCGCAUUGCCCAGAGCAUGGGAUUGCAUAUGGAAGGAUCUUGGUCAUCCUCAUUGAGCCCCGUUGAUCAGGAAAUCCGUCGUCGGGUAUGGUGGUAUAUUAUUGGGCUUGACGUCCAGUCUAGCAUAUGCACAGGCCUACCCCCUUGUUGCGCUCCCGAGACGCUGGACAUCGUCAGCAUGAUAGCUGAUACACGCGAUGAAGAUAUUAGUGACAAGUCUAGUCAUUUUUCCCCGGAUCUAGUCCCCGGUCCAGCGGAACAGUCCAUAGCCAUUAUACUCGCCAUAGCGCGAUCUGUAACAGCGCGUGUGCAGUCAAAGAUCGUUUCGCGCCUGCAAAAUGGACGACACCUAACCCAGACCGAAUUUACUGAACUUGUGAUGCUGGUGAAAGGUCUUCAACAGAAGAUCGAUAAACUUAUUGCCCGUGUUCCUUCACAAGGAAUUCCUGAAAAGGGAUUCAUUCCCUCCCGGCUAGCCAAAGCAUCUCCGAUCACACACCGAACACUUUAUAAAGAUGAUGGCACUCAUCCUACUGUUUUCGCGGCUUGGACAAGAAUAAUGCUGAUAUUGAUCAAAUUUGAGACAGCUGUAAUUCUACAAAAGCCGUUCUUACCUGCCCCGGACAGUGCGGAUCCGGAAUCAUGCAGGGCAUGGACCAGUGUAGCACACCUCUGCGUGAGCUACUUGCGUAUGUUCCUGCAGCUCUAUCAAACCCCUGCCUACUCCCCUUACGUAUGGUUUUGCUACCGAUAUCACGGCCCUCUUCAAUGUGUGUUUCUUAUCCUCGUCUACCUACAUUGCUUUCCGGAAUCAGGAGACAUCGUGCUGGCUCGAUAUUGCAUCGAAGAAAUUAUCGACCACACUGUUUCAUACUACCAAGAUCCGCAAGGUUCGUCCGGAGUACCUCGUGCGGACAACCCGGACUGUGGUGAGGGUUCAUCAGAGGCGCGAAUUCCUCUCGCUAUACAGGUUCUCGUUGACCUUAAGAGUCGUCUGGAUUCACAAAUGAAAUCCGAUACCCGAUUCAUUGACAAGCUGGACGAAAACAAAUGUCGGCUUUCCCCAUACGCCCUUGAACCUGGAAGUCGGAGUACUGAGAAGGACACAGUGAACAAGAGCAUCUUUCCUCUGCCAUAUUCAUCGUUUUCGUCAUCCACAAUCCACAUCCAUUGCAAUGAAAGGGCCCCGUCUACGGCUACUGCACCCCAAACGCCUUCUGGCACCAGGCCUGGACCAACGAGUAGCAUAUUUGUCGCAGAAGACGACAAUGGCUUGGACCUGGACGUUCUUACCAGUCUCACUGAUUUCGAGUCAUGGUCAUCCUCGUUGGCUAGACCCAAAUGA